AUGGGUGACACCUCGACCUUUCGAUCCUACUGCUACUCCCAAGUGGACUCGAUCGAGAAGCCCCCCAAAACCGAGAAAAAGUCCGGGUCGAGAUUCAAGAGCUACUUCAAGACCAGCGAUGACCAAGGCACAUCUAAAGGAACGGGCUACGCAACGGGUAAGCUCGACAGAAAGAAAGAGAAGCCCGAUGAACUCGCCUGUAUUCGCCGCGAAGACCUUGAGAACAGCAUGUUCCGGUUACCCAGGCUUUUCGCCGCGCUUUCGAUAGCAUGGCCUUCAACUUCCAACUACACUCAGUUUGAUCGAAAUCCUCCACCGUUGUUAAUGGUCAUGGCUCGCCGAAGCCCGCUGAUGAUCAGGAUGGCAGAGCUUCUUCGGAAUGAUAACAUGCAAGAGAUUAUGCGGCAACGAGUUCCAUACCAAGCCCUCUUCGAUUUCCUUCACGUGCUCUCAGCACACCCUGCUACAACCCCGCUAGUCUGUGAUGUUCGAAUCAGCUAUCCUCUCGCCCGCACUCUACUCCCGGUCUGCUUCGGAUAUGGCCCUCUUCCAGUUUUAGACAGGUCGUCUAGCUCCAGUGACGAUGGAAAGGGGAAGGGGAAAGCGGUGGAGCUUGAAGAGAAGCAGGACCAGCCUCAAGAAACGCUCAAGUCGUUAGUGAGUCUACUUUCUGCCUUGAGAGUCCAGGCGGAAUCGGUGAAGCGACUCUACAAACCCAGCCCCGGGGAUCUCUCCCAGACGAUAGUCAUGUGCGACCGUAUUUGCGAGAUCUCCCAACAACUCGAAGGAGAAACCCUCAAGAAAGACAAGAGGGAAGUGACUAUUGACGAAGGAAGCAACCCUCCCUCUCUGACUUACUCACAAUCGACCGUUUCGUCAGUGGCAGAAUCACCCACCAUUCCCGAUGACAAGGAGGAGAGACUCACAGCUGCCCGGCAAUGGCUCAUCGAGAACAAGGUGCGGGAGAUGGAUUCCGAAAGAUGGCAAAGUGACUUCAAGAUUCCCAUCCCAGACUCGGAGGCCACCGCCCACAGCCGUAUGAAGAAGCUCGUGAUGGAGCUCUCCAUGCUGCGUACCACGCUCCCCGACGGCAUCUUUGUUCGCCACGACGACACGCGGUUGGACGCCAUGAAGGUCCUCAUCGUCGGACCGGAAGGUACGCCGUAUGAGAAUGGGCUCUUCGAGUUUGAUCUGUUCUGCCCUCUCGAUUACCCAGAGAGGCCACCUAAGAUGGUCUUCAGAACAACGUACAGCCGUCGAAAGUUCAACCCGAACCUAUAUUCAAAUGGCCAAGUCUGCUUCUCCCUCCUCGGCACCUGGACAGGCAGCGCCACCGAGAAUUGGGACCCCAAGAAGUCCACCCUCCUCCAGCUCCUCGUCUCCAUCCAUGCCAUGAUCUUCAGCCCGGACCCGGUCUGGAACGAACCCAACCAGGCCUUCUCCCCGGCAGCCUCGCUAGUUUACAAGACGGAGAUGCGCGCCGACACCCUCAUCUACGCCAUGAGCCACUGGCUCUAUCUGCGCAAGAACACCCACCCGGCCGCCGAGUAUAACCCGUGGUUCGAGGUCGUGGCCCGCCACUUUGAGGUAAAUUGGCGACGGAUCCUCGAGACGGCCGAGAUCUGGGCCGCGGAGGACCCGGGAAGCCAGCGCAAGGCCGAGAAUGAGGUGGGCAUGAUCAUGAGGGAGAGACGCUCCAAAGAGAGGUUUCCCUGCGGGAUCCGGACGCUAAAGGGGCACUUUGCCGAGUGGGCUACUUCCGAGGAGGAGCUGGCGCUCGUGAGGCUUGGUCCCGAGGAUGAUGGCCCGAUCUAUACACCCGUAGGAAUGCCCUUGGAAAAUAGGCUUGAUCUAGACUUUGACAUGUCUCCGCCCAUGUCUCCGCCCAUGUCUGACGCCGACAGCGAAGACGAGUCCGAUGGAGAGUUUAAUCUACCACCAGCGAAUAGCACGCCCAAUGUACCGCCACCCGUAUCUCACCCUCAACCGGAGUUUCACCCUUUCCUACCUUGUAUUCCAUAA